AUGUUUCGGAACCCAGAGCUGCAGAAUGUUGACUCUACUGGGAAGGCCAGGUUUCUGAUUCUGCCAUUGUACAGAGCUCAAGUUGACUUGUACCGGAAAAUGCUGCUGGAUGAGCGGAAACAGAGAAACAUCUCAGCCGAGGACUAUCAGCGGAUCGAAGUCCGAACCCUUGACUCUGCCCAAGGUGAGGAGCGAGAUCUCGUCAUCGUCGAUUAUGUGCAGACACGCAAGCCUGGAUUCUGCUUGGAUCCAAAUCGUAAUUGCUUGGCCACGACUCGAGCAAAGCAAUGCGAGAUUCUCAUCAUCAACGCCGGGAUGGUCAAGGAUCCACGUGCCGAGAAAAGCAAGGUCGGGCAGAUUCUUGCAAACGCCAUCGAACUUGGGUAUGUCUUGGAGGUACCAUCGUGCACCAACUGCCAGGAUCCAAGCCACACAGACGAUGACUGCACUAUGACUGUGAGUGAUGGGAUGGAAUGA